GGCGGUUGGCGGCGGUGCCGGGGUUGGCAGAGCCUGCGGGUUGUCUACGCCGCGGGGCCUACGUCUCCGUCGGGCGUUCACCUCGGGAGCCACACCCGGGGCCCAGAGCCACCGCUCAGCACGCGGGCACGCGGCGGGAGGGAAGGAAACCACGGCGCUGGGGAUGGAGAGGGGGAAAGUGAAGAAGAAAGAGAAGGAAAAGGAGACGCAGAAGGAGACAAUCAGAGAAGAGGGUAGGGAAGAGAAAGUGAAAAGAAAGGAGGUGGAGCAGAAAAUUAAACAAAAAGAAAAGGAGAAGCAAGAGAAGCAGGAGAGGAGAAAGAGAAAAGAGGAGAAAGAUGAAAAGAGGACAAAGCAAGGGAAGGAGACAGAGAAGAAACAAUUUAAGGGACAAGAAGAGAAAGGGGAGAACAAGGACAGCACCUUGACAAGGACCCCGCUCGAGCCGCUGGAGAAAAACAAGCAAAUCUUAGUGCUGGGCCUGGAUGGAGCAGGAAAAACCAGUGUCCUGCACUCUCUAGCUUCAAACAGAGUCCAGCACAGUGUGGCACCCACCCAAGGUUUCCAUGCAGUUUGCAUCAACACUGAAGACGGCCAAAUGGAGUUCCUGGAGAUUGGUGGCAGUGAACCUUUUCGGUCCUACUGGGAAACGUACCUAUCCAAGGGAUUGCUGCUGAUCUUUGUGGUGGAUUCAGCAAAUCACAGCCGAUUACCUGAGGCCAAGAAAUACCUUCAUCAGCUAAUUGCAGCAAACCCAGUACUUCCUCUGGUUGUGUUUGCAAACAAACAGGAUCUGGAAGCAGCCUAUCACAUUACAGAUAUCCAUGAAGCUUUGGCAUUAUCUGAAGUGGGAAAUGACAGGAAGAUGUUCUUGUUUGGAACCCACCUGACUAAGAAUGGCUCAGAGAUACCCUCCACCAUGCAAGAUGCCAAAGACUUGAUUGCACAGCUGGCUGCAGAUGUGCAGUGACCAGGACUCAGCCCACUGUGCGGCUCACAACUGAGAUGUCAUCAGUGUUGGAUGGCAGGCUUGAAGCCAAAGGUUUCCACCUUCAAAUAAAAAUUAAGCCAUUUCCUAUUUUCUUAAUGCAUGGGAUGUAUAUAGUCAGCCCUCCAUAUCCAUGGGUUCCACAUCUGCAGAUUCAAGAACUGUGGAUCAAAAACAUUCAAAAAGAAUAAUAACACAACAAUAAAAAUAAUACACAUUUUAAAAUACAAUAUAACAACUAUUUACCUAGCAUUUACAUUGUAUUAGGUAUUAUAAGUAUCUGAAGAUGAUUUAAAAUGCACGAGUAGAUGUGUGUAGGUUAUGUGUAACUACUAUGCCAUUUUCCAUCAGGAGCUUGAGCCUCCACAUUUACCUGUGAGGACCUUGGAAUCAAUCUCCCUGAGAAUACCAAUGGCCAACUGUACAAAGAUAAUGCUAACAUAUUAACAGCAUCUCUGUUUGGAUUUUGAAUGUUAAAAAUAUUUGUAAAACAGUAUAUUGGGGGUAUUGGGAUUUUUAAUCAACAAAGGUAAAAUGAACAUUAGCAAGCAUUUGUCCCAUUUAUUGUUUUGCAAUGGCAUGAAAUUACAUGAAAUUUUUUUGUGGGGUUGGAUGGGGUCUCACUCUGUUGCCCAGGCUGGAGUUCAGUGGUGUGAUCUCAGCUCAGGUGAUCCUCCCUCCUCAGUUUCCCAAGUAGCUGGGACUAGAGAGAGGUGCACGCCACCAUGCCCGGCUAAUUUUUCUAUUUUUAGCAGAGACAGGGUUUUGCCAUGUGGCCCAGGCUGGUCUCGAAUUCCUGAGCUCAAGCGAUCUGCCCGCCUUGGUCUCAUAAAGUGCUGGGAUUACAGGAAUGAGCCACUGCACCUGGCCUUGAAUAUAUUGUAGUAUGUUUUCUCUUUUCAAGUAAAAAAACCAGGUGUCUUUCCAUUAAGUGGAUCUGUUUAACACUAUAAGAAAUAUCAGGGUAGGACAAUGAGGAAAGUGAACUUUGUCAAACCCCUAGAGAAAUAAACAUUAACAGUAUUCAGAAAGAGUUAGGAAGGGCUUCUUUUCCAGGAGCUUGUUAGACGAGAUGAGGAACAUUGUGGGGAAUCUGUUUUUAAAAUUCUUAACAUUUUGCUUUUAUAUAGAUAAACUUUCUUCACUAGAAAGAGUGAUAACUAUAUUUAUUUGCAGACACUCUGUAAAUUCAACUUGUAACUAUAGUGCCUUGCUUUGGUUUUAAAAAAAAUUGGAAAGAGAGUUUGCUCUAUAAAUCCUUCCUUUUAAAAUUUGGAAUCUGUGGUGAAAUAAUACAAAUAUGGUGUCAGGCGUGGUGGCUCACACCUGUAAUCCCAGCACUUUGGGAGGCCGAGGCGGGUGGAUCACGAGGUCAGGAGUUCAAGAGCAGCCUGGCCAACCUGGUGAAACGCUGUCUCUACUAAAAAUACAAAAAAUUAGCCAGGGGUGGUGGUAGGCACCUGUAAUCCCAGCUACUCGGGUUGCUGAGGCAGGAGAAUUGCUUGAAUCCAGGAGGAGGUUGCAGUGAGCCGAGACCGCACCACUGCACUCCAGCCUGGGCGACAGAGCAAGCCUCCGUCUCAAGAAAAACAAACAAAAUAAAAUAAAAUAAAAUUUGGAAUCUGUGGUGAAGUAAUACAAA